GUUUAGUUGACUGUAGGUAUGAAUGUAUGAUUUCAGAGUAUAUUGCCGUUUAGCUACCUAAUCUAGUUUUCGAGUCAUUAGUGGUUGUGUCUCUAUUAUUAUUGGGUCUAUCAAAUUUACCAUGACCAAAAAUUCAAACAGCGAGCGAGUAAAAUGGGGUAAAUAUUUGGUCUUGGUCAGCAUUGCCACUACAAUUGGUGCUGCAGUUCCUGUUGGAUACAAUAUCGGUGUCAUAAAUGCCCCAGCUACUAUCAUACAAGAUUGGUGUGUUGAAUCAUUCCGCGACUCAUACGAUGUUCAAUUAUCCGCCUCGGAUCUUAAUUUACUGUGGUCGGGUAUAGUAUCAGUAUUUUUGGUUGGUGGUGCCGUUGGCUCGUUGGGUGGAGCGUGGCUAGCGGAUCAUUUUGGAAGAAAACGGUCAUUACUAGCAUGUACAUUCCUAUUUAUUGUCAGUGCGAUUUUGUUUUUCUUUUGCCGAAUGGCAAAUUCGGUUGUGAUGUUGAUUUUCGGUCGAUUAAUAGUUGGUCUAGCUGCUGGCUUAACUACAAGUACUUUGCCAAUGUAUAUGGCUGAAUUAUCACCGCUACAAUUGCGUGGUACUUUGGCUGUACUAUCACCAAUGGGUCUCAUUGGUGGAGUUGCAAUUGGACAAAUAGGUAGCUUAGAAGAAGUGUUUGGUUCAGUGGAUUUAUGGCAUGUAGCUCUUAGCGUAUACGCUGUGAUAGUUUUUGUAUUCAUGUUACCGUAUUAUUGGUUCCCGGAAAGUCCAAAAUAUCUUUAUAUUGUCGUUAAGGACCACGAGGCUGCAAAGAAUCAACUCAUCCAACUUCGAGGAUCACAAUUAGAAUUAAUAAAUGAGGAACUUCAAUCUAUGGAAAAUGAGGCUAUCGUUCAUUCCGAAACAAGAUCAUUGCUGUCGGUGAUACGCGACCGAAAAUUCCAGCUCCCACUUAUUUUGGUGUGUGCACUCCUGGGUGGUCAACAAUUAUCUGGACUCAAUGCCGUUUUCUUUUAUUCCGUUUCAAUGUUCGAAAGAAGCGGUCUCAGUUCAACGAACGCAAAAUGGGCAAAUCUGGGAACUGGAGUUAUCAAUUUUUUAGUGGCAUCGUUCACGCCGUAUUUAAUGGCGGCAAUAAACCGUAGGCCGUUACUUCUGUUCUCCAUUUUUGCCACCGGUACAAUGCUUGUUAUUGUCACAUCGCUGAUUGAUUUAGCUUCCUGGCUGGCAUAUGCAUCCAUUGUUUCUGUGUUUGGUUUCAUUGUCACUUUACAGUUGGGACUGGGGCCAAUUCCAUACUUUAUAGGAACAGAGUUAUUCGAGAGUUCUUCACGUCCGGCAGCCAUGUCCCUUGGUAGUAUGUCUUUGUGGGCUUGCAAUUUUAUUGUUGCUAUGGCGUUCCCUAGUCUACAAGAGGCUUGGGGAGCUUUCGUAUUUUUACCAUUUGCAGUGAUUUGUUUUUGUUUAGCAGUGCUGAUCAAAUUCUAUCUACCGGAAACUAGAAACCACGAUUCGAGUGUUGUUGCUCCGCUAGUAGCUGAUGGUUUCAAAUCUAGACCGUUAAAUAGGUAGAACUUUGUUGUGUUUGCAUUAAG